CACACGCAUACAUUUAAACCACUUUCCCCUUUCACGAAAUGCAUGACUCUCUCUAAGACAAGUAAAGAAUUUGGGGUUACCAACUCUAAUCAGCCAUUCAGCCACACCUCUCCUUAUACUUUACAACAAAAUCACCCAUCUCAACCACAAAGCAUUUAACUUACUUAUUGUUCUGCAGGUGGGCUUGUUUGAAAGAGUGCCAGGAAGUUGGUCAACAAAGAACUGUUGAGCUUUCUUAAAGCUCAUUCUAAACAAGUUGGCACGGUGAUACUCACAAAGCAAAUGACUUACUAUUGUUUCAAAGAGCUAUUUAGGUGAACAGCAUCCUUUGGUUCGUCAUCAUCAACACUGAAAGCUUAACCCCUCGCCUCCUGCCUUUAGUGUCACAUUUUGUGACUUUUUGUUUCCACUGUCACACACACACACACACACACACACACACACACACACACACACACACACACACACACAAAACAUGAGUUAAAGAUCAGAGCAGCUUCAAAUCAGCUCACUGACUGUCAGUCAUCCCACAUGUGGCUAAUAUGACAAAACUUAAAGGUCUAAUUUCACAUGAAACUGUCAUGGUGAAUAAUACUAUUUAUUCAAUGAAAAUAAUUUUAUAAAUGAGUUGAGAACAAAUUGUAUGUUUUGUUUCUUUUUUCUUGAGGAUUUAUUGAACCACCUGUAUUUGUGCACACGGAUGAGGAAGUGCCGCAGUGCUUUUACCCUUUUAAUAUGAACAAAUAAAUCACUCUAGAAUGAACAUUUACAUAAAAUGAGUGUAAAAAAAGCACACGCCUCAUUUGCUUGUACUUUAACCUUUAUUAAGCAGAACUAUUAUUAAAUGACCACAAAGUUGUUUAACUUUUAUUUAAAUGAUCAUUAUUUUACUGAUAUUUACAAACAAAUAAGAAAUCUGUAUUUUGGAAAUAGGAAAUAUUAAUCCGGCAACAAUUUACAGGCAUUUUAAAAGUUAUUUCCAUUAUCUAGUUGCUUGGAAAAUUGAACAACGACGUGAUAAGUAGUAUAAAUUUGUAAAAUAAUCUGAAGUAAAAUCAACUCUUAAUGACAAUUCUGAGUUAAAACCCCUAAAUAGCUAUUUGUAAUUGUUUUCCACCUAAGAAUAAAAGUUAUUGUGUCAAAAUGUAAAAGAAUUUCCUCUAAAAUAUUGCAGUUAGACGAAUCGCCCUCAGUGAGGGGAAGGGGUGUUUUGUGUAACUUGGUCACAUGUCACCAUAAACAAACUGCAGUUUGACACCUUCGCCUCAAGCGCAGACACGCUCCGGUCAGAAACUGUCCCCGCACCAGUUAGAGACGGGCAGCUAUGGCGACUGUGGUGGACACGCAGGCUCAGCCACAAGUAGCUCUAUGUCUUCUUCCCCCAUAAAAUCCCGUCUCCACAUGAGAAAGAAGCUCUUCAGGCUCUCACUGUCGGUUCUGGAGGCUUGUAUGAACAAUUGUGGAAAGCGGUUCCGCAGCGAGGCAGCUAAGUUUCGCUUUCUGAAUGAACUUAUCAAAGUCUUAACGCCAAAGUCCUUUGGCGCGUGGAGUCCACAGAAAGUUAAAGACAGAGUCACGGAGGUCUUCUACGGCUGGACGCUCUGGCUUAAAGAGGAACCUAAGAUUCAGGAAGCCUACAACAUGCUGAAGAAACAAGGCAUCGUGAAGAAGGAUCCCACACUUCCAGACACAGUUGUUAUGGCUCCUCCACCUCAAAGAACCACAGAGUUUGUUUUUUGAUCAAGACGACAAGGCCAAGAUGUUGGUUAGACUACUGAGGAGUGGCCAUCCUGAAGACCUGGAAACCGCCAACAGGCUCAUUAAAAGCACCAUCCAGGAGGCGAGGAGCACUGCAGCACUGCUGGUCCUCAUAUUUGAUUUAAUGGUGGUAUGGAUGAAUCUUUGGAUGAAUCUUCGGUUGUGUCUUAGGAGCAGGAAAAGGCUGAGAAAGUGUCAAAGCGAGAGUCAACCCUGAUGGAGGUUGAGAGCAGCACCAACCAGCUGAGAGAGCUUCUGUAUCAGCACAUCGAUAAUGAAACCUCGUUACAAACCAGUGAUGACAUGAAGGCAUGUUGCGUUUCAAACUGAUGUUUGUUAAUAAUAUCCGACUGUUAACAACAAAAAUUACUUACCAGAGUCUUACUCCACCCACACUUCUUUUUUGAUAUUUCAUCACUGUUUUGGGUCUGUUACAGAUCUUGGCUGAACAUUUGUUAUUUUAUUGUAAAUUUCAGAUAUGCCAUGUAUUUAAAAUGUUCAAAUAAGUGUAACCGUCAGUACUGUUAUGACAUAUUUCCAUUAACACUAACAAGCUUCCGGUUUCACUCUGUAGCCAGUUGCCACCCUCAGUUAGGCUGUCCCCAUAUCUGCCGGUCUUUAAGAGUUGCCUAAAACCCCACCUCCUCCGCUCGACGUUCCCCUGAACGUGUUUGAGGUCGGCCUUCUUUUUUGUUGAUUUUAUUUCCCUGUUUUCAUUGGUGUUUUUAUCCCUUGUUUUAUCCAUUUGUUUCUACUUUUAAAUGUUUUACCUUUUUUGCACUAUUUGAAUUGCUUUUAUUAUCUAUUUAUUCAUUGUGUUUCACAUUUCUUAUGUACUGUGUUCAGCGCCUAGGGCUUCCUGACAGGGUUUCGGAAGGCGCUUUAUAAAUAAAGCUCUGAUUGAUUGAUUUGAUUUACCUUGACAUUCUGACCAUAAACAUUAAAUUGCUCACUCUUGCAGUUUUAAA